GAAACCCUCGCUCAGACUUUCACUUCCUUGGGCUCCGCGCGCCAUCCAGGGGCCUGGUGAUCCCUGAACCCGUGCGGGUCCCCUCGGGAUCCAGCCCUCGCUUCACAGAGCUCCAGAUGGCCAACGGCCCCUGGCGGAAAGAGGAAGAGAGRGUCCCGAUCAGCAAUGGACCUAUGUUGAGAACCGGGGGUCCCCUGCGUCUCCGCGACUGGCUAGUGGCACAGAUCGAGAGCGGACUCUACGCCGGGUUGCGCUGGGAAGACCCGGACAAGACCCUCUUCCGCAUCCCCUGGAAGCACGCAGCCAAGCAGGGCUACCAGGCGCAGCAGGACGCAGCGCUCUUCAGGGCCUGGGCUGUGUACAAGGGCAAGCACUUGGAGGGUACUGACAAGGAGGACCCCUCCACCUGGAAGACGAGGCUCCGCUGUGCCCUCAACAAGAGCAUCGACUUCCGYGAGGUGCGCGAGCGCAGCCAGCUGGACACCUCCCACCCCUACAAGGUCUACCGGCUGGUGUCUGACCAUACCUCCCGCCCAGUUUCCAAGGUCCAUGCUUCUCCUGCAAAAGAGGGCACUCCCUCAAGUCAACAGCGACCCCMUGGAGAAGCAACUGGGCCUGCCUGCAGGGGACAUCAGGAUGGCUCCAGAUUAGCCACAGAGGAUGAGGACAAGGAGCAGCCCCCAAGGCUGGCCCAGCARGGCUCCUUGCCACCAGCCGCCCUCCUCCCAGACCCUUUGGCUGACCACAGGUACCAGGCACAGGACCUUGGACACCCCUGGAGCUCAGUGCCCUGUGAGGACUUCAACAGCCCUGAUUACUGGCUGCACGUGCGUCUUUUCUAUGGCCCGGCGCUGGUGCGCGAAGCCACCGCGCGCACCGCGGAGGGCUGCCAUCUUAGCCCCGGGACAGCUGCCUCCGCCGCCGCCCAGCGCCUGCUGGGGCCGCCCGCACGCUUGGCGCAGGUUCACUUCCCCGAGCCUCCGCCGGGCGCCCGCGUGCUGCGGCGCCUGCUGCCGCACCUCGAGCGCGGCGUGCUGCUGUGGGUGGCGCCCGAGGGCGUGUUCGCCAAGCGUCUGUGCCAGGGCCGCGUGUACUGGCGUGGCCAGCUAGCCCCGCACCGCGCGCAGCCCAACAAGCUGGAGCGCGAGCACACCUGCCAGCUGCUCGACACGCGCCGCUUCCUCGAAGAGCUGCACGCCCACCUGCAGGAUGGACGGCCCGAGCCRGAAUACCAGAUCCGCCUGUGCUUUGGCGAGGAGUACCCGGGUCCCCCAGACCAGCCGGAGGAGAGGCUCGUCAUGGCUCACGUGGAGCCGUUCUUCGCCCGUGAGCUGCUCCUGCACGCCAGGCGACUUCGCCCUGGCACCCCUCGGGGACCCCAGCAGGGCAUCCUGGAUGGCCUCACCCACCUUUGACAGUCAACCCCACUCGGGAUGCUUCCCCCUCUCCCACACACUAAAGGAAGCCCCACCACGGGGUGAGACACCCCAACCCUGCCCUCACUGAACCAGUGGACUUGGGGCCUCCCUCACCUAUUGCCCUGAUAACGRACAGCUUAGGCGUUGGUGGCCUUAACUCUCCCUGAAGGGAAUGGAUCCUGGAACGCCGAGGGGGUCGGAGGCCCAGCGCUGGGCCUAGAGCGUCAGCCGGAAAUAGAAUUCGACCUUGAGGCCCCAGGAAAAACAGUAAUGGGGUUAGAAACAGGACUAAAUYGCCUGUUGAAAGCCCAACACGUCAACAGCUGCUUAGAGCUAGUCUUAUGGUGCCAUUGGGUUCAUUUGCUUAAAGCCUAGUUGACCUCAGGGUGGUUCAGAGUGGGAACAACCAGUAGCAGUUGCUUGGCCUCUGAGGGACUCUGGGCUUCCAGAUCCUUCCUCCCAACUGCUGCUAGUCUCAUUCCUUUAUCUGAGGGUCAAUGAGAGGGAUCCGGAAACAGAGAAUUUGAACCCUGGGUUUCAGAUGCUGACCACUGAACCACCAGCACAGUCUUUAGAGAGUGAGGCAGGAUCCCAAACAUAACCCUAAGGCAGAGGCCACAGUGGCAAUCCAGUCCCUCCCCCAGCCCCACUCAUCUUCACAAACUGUGAGUCGUGGGGAGGAUUGGGAGGGUUCCCAACUGGAAGAAUUAACCUCGAUGUUAAAUMCCCCCGCCUCAUGGGUAAAGCAACAUUUUUCUUGCUUUUCUGAUUUCUGACUUUAUUUAUAGGAAUCCUCUUACAGAUGCCAACAUAAUAAAUCUUUUA